AUGCUAACCGGAGUACGGCGCAUAGGUGUGUCAAAAGGGCUACCAGGACGAACACGGGGGUCUGAUCAUGUUGCCGGACUCUGCUUCGAGUUCUGGGGCUCACCACAUCCUGUUUACAUUGGCCAGUGGUAUUGUGAAGUUGGCUACCUUUCUCUGAAGAAAGGCGAAAGGAUAUGCCAAUUCACCUUCUGGCAAGAGCAAGAAUCUUUGCCUGGUAACACUUCCAGAGAGAAUGGAGGGAGAAUCACUGGAAUCAAGAUCAAUAAAACAGGGCUUGGACAGAGGGACAUGGAGAUUGUCCUUGGCGACAAACAAGAGAUGCUCCCUUACUCGUUUACAGAGAAUCCCUAUGAGCGACUGAUGGGCCUAGCCUGGAUGUUCAAUCGCGAGUGCGAUUAUACUUAUGUUCUCACAGAACCGUCAGAGCACUUCCCCCGGACUUCUCUGACCUUGGACAGCAUGAUGCACAUGUGGCCAAACAGUCGCGCACCAGACAAACUGACUUGGCAGGUUGAGGACGAACAAGGCAAAUUAUGCACAGCCUCGCGAAUUCAUACUAUCUUUUGCCCCAGCUCUGGAAAGCUCUCUGGCUUCAUCUUCGAAUACGGUACUGGCCAGAUAUCCAGGACUGCAGGAACCGCAGAUGGUGUCAAAGCUUCUCUCAGUCUUGACAGCGAGGAAUGGAUAACCGGCAUGGAUUUACAACUUUGGAAAGAGAAAAGUGAAGUAGUGUUCUAUACAAGCACCGGCAGAGUAAACUCCCUGUCGCCUUCUGGUCUGUCCGACCAACCACGACAAAAGGACCCAGCAGAUUACCAAAUCUUCGAAUUCAACAAUCUUGAAAGUAACAGGAAAGUUUCACGGGAGAGCUUAGAUGAGAGUUCCGAGUUCAGUGGCGAGUGCGUUGGAAUAUGGGUGGCGAUGAAAUGGUGGCCUCAAUAUGCAAAGAUCGUCGAAGCCGCUGGCCCUAUCACUAUUUCAGAAGGCGAGGGUCGACAGUAA